AAGCAAAAUGGCACAGAUAUUGAUCUUAGCAUGAGUUAUCACUACAGGCUGGUUGGAGGCAGCUUGGCAAUCAAUAAUCCACAUAAGAAACAGGAUAUUGGAACAUACCAGUGUUUGGUCACAAAUUCAUUUGGAACUAUUCUGAGCAGGAAAGCAAAGCUUCAGUUUGCAUAUCUUGAAAACUUUGAAGCUAAAGCAAGAAGUGCUGUAUCAGUCAGAGAGGGACAAGGAGUUGUUCUAUUCUGUGCACCUCCACCACCUACCUAUGGAGAUUUAUCAUUCGCUUGGAUUUUCAACAAUAAUCCCUUAUAUGUUCAAGAAGAUGAUUGGCAGUUUGUCUUUCAAGAAACAGGAAAUCUAUAUAUUGCCAAAGUGGAAGCAUCUGAUGUGGGUAUCUACACUUGUGAUGUAUCAAACAGAGAAAUAAAACAAAGUGUUCAAGGGCCACCCACACCACUUGUCCACUCAACUAAUGGUGUGAUGGGAGAAUAUGAGCCAAAAAUUGAAGUGCGUUUUCCAGAGACUAUACAGGCAGCAAAAGGCACAUCCGUUCGGCUGGAAUGUUUUGGCCUUGGAAAUCCUGUUCCCACCAUCACUUGGAAGAGAGCUGAUGAUAUCCCAUUAGCCAGAAAAAUCAGCACAUCUAAAGGAAUCCUUAAGAUCCCAGAUUUUCAGCAGGAAGAUGAAGGUUUUUAUGAAUGUAUUGCAAGGAAUGUACAGGGAAGUAAUAUUGCACGGGGCCAAUUCGUGGCCUAUGCUGUUCCAGAAUGGAACAAAAACAUUGAGACUACACAACUUUCUCUUUAUGAAACUUUAGUUUGGGAAUGUGAAGCAAUUGGCAAACCAAAGCCUUCAUAUAGUUGGUUUAAACCACUUACAUCAGAGGAAAGAAUUCAAAUUGAAAAUGGCACUCUUACUAUAGGUAUGCUGAACAUAUCAGAUUCUGGUCUCUAUCAAUGUGUUGCGGAAAACAAAUAUGAUUCCAUUUACUCCAAUGCUGAGCUAAGAGUGAUGGCUUCCGCUCCUGAUUUUUCUAAAUACCCCAUGAAAAAAACAUCAGGCGUCCAUGUGGGAGGUGAAGUAACCAUUGGAUGCAAACCCAGUGCUUCUCUCAAAGCUGUUAUUAAUUGGAAAAAAGACACUGAACCUCUGCAGCAAGGUAAAAGAAUAUUUGUCUUAGAAGAUAACAGUCUGAAGAUAUAUAAUAUUACCAAAUCUGAUGCAGGUGUAUACAGCUGCAUAGCGAUGAAUCAAUUUGGAGUUGUGAGAAAUUCAGGAAAUCUGAUUGUGAAAGAAAAGACUGUCAUCAUUAACCCACCUUGUGAUAUUGAUGUUAUCAUUGGAGAAAGUGUAGUUCUGCCUUGUCAAGUGUCCAAAGAUCCAUCCAUUGAGGUUGUUUUUUCAUGGUCAUUCAAUGGAGAUCUUAUCAAUUUUAAAAGAAGAAUGACCCAUUUUGAAAGAACUGGAGAUAUAAGUCAUGUUCCCACAGUGGCACCCACAAAUGUGAGAGGAGGUGGAGGAAGCCGAUCUGAACUUGUCAUCAUGUGGGAGUCCAUUCCUGAAGAACUACAAAAUGGGGAAGGAUUUGGAUACCUUAUUAUGUUUCGGCCCUUCAGCUCCUUCAGCUGGACUAAAGCAGUGGUGAAUUCAGUGGAGGCAUCAAAAUAUAUCUACAGAAAUGAAAGCAUCCCAUCAUUAUUUCCCUUUGAAGUAAAAGUGGGUGUCUUUAAUCAUGAAGGAAUAGGCACCCUGAGCCCAGUAUUUAUUGUGUAUUCUGGAGAGGAUGAGCCUCAGAUAGCACCGACAGGCAUGUCAGUACAAAGCUUCUCAUCUUCUGAAAUGGAAGUCUCUUGGAACCCUCUUGUAUGGACCAGACAAACUGGAAGGAUUCUUGGCUAUGAGGUCUUAUAUUGGAUGGACGAUUCCAGAGAUUCAGCAACUGGGAAAAUAAGAGUCAAUGGCAAUGUAACAGCAAAAAACAUUACCAGUCUUAAGGCCAAUACCAUGUACUUUGCCACAGUGAGGGCUUACAACACAGCUGGAACUGGUCCAUCCAGUGUUCCGGUGAAUGUAACUACAAAAAAAUCACCUCCAAGUCAGCGCCCAGCAAACAUUGUCUGGCGACUGACCAGUUCAAAAAUAUGCUUGAACUGGGACCAUGUGAAAACAAUGGAAAAUGAGUCCGAUGUCCUAGGCUACAAAAUUUUGUAUAGGCAAAAUCGACAAAGUACCACUCAUAUCUUAAAGACAAACUGUAACCAUGUUAUUCCUAACACAAACAUUACAUCCGCUGAACUGCUGGUACCUUUGGAAGAUGAUUACCUGAUUGAAAUAAAAACCGUAAGUGACGGAGGAGAUGGAAGCAGCAGUGGAGAUAUUAGAAUUCCAAACCACUCAAGUUUAAGCUCCAAAGGAAUGCAUAUCUGCCCUUCAGUUGGUGACAUAAUUGCAAAUAAAAUUAUAAUCCUGAUUUAUAUAUUCAGUUCUGCUGGAUAA